AUGUACAGUGGAAAUAAACGUCAUCACCGAAUUUUUAAAGUUCUUGGACCCACAAUGUGGAAUUUCACAGUUCGGGUUGCAAUUAUACCCAACUGCGAUGGUGUACGUGAUCUGCUUGACAACCCUGAAAUGACACAAGGACCACAGAAACAGCUAACAACCCUGAAGCCAGAAGAUCUUUUCAUUCGUAUGUCUAUUUAG